GGCCGGCGCUGAUCUCAAGCUCCGAUUGGCCGCUGUCUACGCUGACGUCACGAUCAUGAUGAGAAUUAAUGAUCGGAGGCGCUGAUUUCAUUGUGUGACGCCGGGACCGACCCAGCCGAAACCGGCUGAAUUCGGAGCCCUGGGGCCCCCCGGACCAGCCCCGCUUGUCCCACAGAGCACGAUGAAUCUGCGUUCUGUAUUUACUGCAGAACAACAAAGGAUAUUGCAGCGUUAUUAUGAAAAUGGAAUGACAAAUCAGAGUAAAAAUUGCUUUCAGCUCAUAUUACAGUGUGCACAAGAAACUAAGCUGGACUUCAGUGUAGUCAGGACCUGGGUUGGCAACAAAAGAAGGAAGAUGAGCAGCAAGAAUGUUGUGGAUUCUGGAGGAACUCCGCCGGGAACUGUUGCCAGCACAUUGACCAUGCCUCCAGAAGUAGCGGUCCGAAAUGUGGUCAGCAUUGCUCGCUCCCAAAGCCAACAGUCGUCUUGGACGUCCUCCAACAAUGACGUCAUAGUAACUGGUAUAUACAAUCCGUCCAGUUCAUCUGGCAGAAUGGUGUCCGCUAAACAGACUAAUGCGUUGAUGAGCGAUAUGCAUAAAAACUCUCUUCCGAGGCCUCCUGUGAAAAGCGAUCCCGAAUUUCAGCGGCAGCACAUUGCGGUGGCACGACAAACGCCGCACUGUAAAAAUGCUUCCCUGUUCCUGGGAGAAAAAACAAUUAUCCUGUCUAGGCAAACAAGUGUGUUGAAUUCAGCAAACUCGAUUUAUAAUCACACUAAGAAAAGCUACGGCGGUUCUUCGGUUCAGACUGCCGAGUUGGUUUUACCUCAGAAGCCCGUGUUGUGCCACCGACCAUGCAAAGUGGAGCAAAUGGGGUGUCAAAGGUUACAGAAACCAGAACAUCCAAUCCUUGCCUCACACAUGCCGUCGGGGCAAAGGGCUAACAGUAGAGAUCCUCCCUGCAGCACGCACAAUUUGGAAAUCCGAGAGGUUUUUUCCUUGGCUGUUACCGAUCAGCCUCAGAGAAUCCUGGGAGGAAAUGCACAGAAGUCAUCGUCUUCUUCGGGAGAAGGCAGUUGUUUGUCAAUUGCCAUGGAAACUGGGGAUGUAGAUGAUGAGUAUGCUAGAGAGGAAGAGUUGGCAUCAAUGGGUGCCCAGAUACAGAAUUACUCCAGGCUAAGUGGCACAUCCCUCAGAGUCGAGAAUCCAGGCACUGGGCUGUCUGGAUCAGGCAGAAGCGUCAGCUGCAGUUCACAUGUGGGGAAUGCCAGGGACUUGCAUGACAAUAUCCUGUAUCAUAACAGAGACUAUCGCUUGCCUCCACGGACCUCCUUGCAUACCACGUCCAGUACACUGUAUAGCAGUUCUUACCCAUCCAGAAGUAACCUUUCUUCUCAUUUUGCAGCAUCCAAUCAACUAAGGCUAUCUCAGAACCAAAAUAAUUACCAGAUUUCAGGAAACCUUACUGUGCCUUGGAUUACGGGUUGUUCCCGAAAAAGAGCACUACAGGAUCGUACCCAAUUCAGCGACCGAGACUUAGCUACCCUUAAGAAAUACUGGGAUAAGGGCAUGACCAGCCUCGGCUCAGUUUGCAGAGAGAAAAUUGAAGCAGUUGCUACGGAGUUAAAUGUUGACUGUGAAAUAGUGCGGACUUGGAUUGGGAAUCGGAGACGAAAAUAUCGUCUAAUGGGAAUUGACGUCCCUCCUCCUCGAGGUGGCCCUGCUGAUUUUUCCAAUCAAUCUGAUUCCAGCAGUAAAUCAAUACCCAUUCCAGGAGAUGAUGGUUCAACUGAUGUGGGAGAUGAUAAUGACAGGAAUGAUGAAGUAUCCAUCUGUUUAUCGGAGGGAAGCUCACAAGAAGAACACAGUGAAGUUCUUCAGAACGAAGACAUGGGCCACAAAGAGGGGGACCAGACUACUGUAUCUGCUGAUAAUGUGAAAAUAGAAAUCAUAGAUGAUGAAGAAAGUGAUAUGAUAAGUAAUUCUGAAGUGGAUCAAAUGAGUUCUCUUCUGGACUAUAAAAAUGAAGAAGUAAGGUUCAUUGAAAAUGAACUGGAGCAUCAAAAACAGAAAUAUUUUGAGCUGCAGGCUUUCACUCGGAGUUUGAUACUUGCCAUCAAAACUGAUGAUAAAGAACAGCAGCAGGCACUCCUCGCAGAUUUACCUCCGGAGUUGGAAGAGAUGGAUUUCAAUCAUGCAUCUCCAGAACCUGAUGAUACCUCAUUCAGUUUGUCAUCUUCAUCAGAGAAAAAUGCCUUGGACAGUUUGUGAUCCUUUGACAAAGGAAACAAGACGACGUAGUUUGCCUAAUGUGUAUGUUUUGAACUACUUCACGUUUUGUUAGGCAGUGCCCUUAAAUAUGAAGGGGAGAGAUGGGGUGGGAAGGCAGACUAGCAACCUUGUGUAGUGGGUGUGGUUGACGGUAGCUGCAAAUUCAGAAUUUUGUUUUUGACAAAUGUGAAAGUUACUUAAGAAAAAAAACUUUUACUCUUCUAGCAGCUAUGCCUUGAUGGUGGUGCCCUUAUACUAACCUGCAUUUAAUAACAAAACCCGGAUUGGAGUAGGCGCCAAGAGUGGAAGAAAAGUUGCCAAUUAUGCUAAUAAUUCAACAAUAUCUUCCUAAUCUAGCCCACCAGACCUGUUCAGUCUGAUGGUUUGCCUCCUCUUGUACUUGCCCCCUUCUCCAGAUAGGUGGACUCAUCACUGGAAAUUAUGGGCUUCAAUAGAUCAGUGGGUAAAAGUUAGGCCUUUACUGAAACGAUGAUCAUUCAAACCAGGGAUCGAGUUAAAGAAGUGCUUUUUUAAAUCUGUACAUAACAGCAAAUCAUUGUGUCUUUUCUUGUCUUCACCCUUACCUAAUGCCUGGGAAAUUCUUGGAAAAGUAAACCUAUCUAACUUAAUUAGCUCCAAUAAAUUACUUAAUGUAUUGCAGCAGGUGGAAAUUCUAAAUGAAAAUAGUCGGCUGUUAUUAAAAGUGUUCAUUUGUUUAGGAAGGCAACAAUUUACAAUAGUGCAGGGACUUCACAUAAUGUCCCCCCCCCCUUAGAACACCCUGGGGAUAUGUGGCGAUAAAGCCAAAAAGCUAUCAGUGCAUACACAGAUCCGAAGGGUGUGUGGAUUCUUGUAGUUCAUUUACAAGCAAGGCUCAAAGCUGCUCAGGACUACGGUUUUGUUACUUAAAAUACAGCCUUUCCCCCCAUGAUUCUUGGUAGAGAGAGUGAGAGUUAGAAGAGAAUUGCUAAGGAAGCUGAAGUGCCCGGUGUAUGUUCCAGGAUCUGCAGGCCUGGCUUUGAGAAGCAGGAAUGGAAAAUGUCCCCAAAGGAAGUACUUACGAUAUUGUAAUUUGGAAAACUGCUUGAUCGGAUUAGAAUACAGUUAACAAACAAACAAAAGCUGACUUAUGAAUUUGCUCUGGCGUAUGGGCCAGGGAAUCAAGCAGCCCCAACUUCCUUGAACUAACUAGGCAAUUUCAGAAGGCCAUGCAAAACUGAGGUCAGUGGCAAACCUAAAUUCGUAACGGUUGUUCAUAAUGAGUCUUGAGAUGUCCAGUGCAUAAAUUGUCCAUUUUCCUCUUUGCUAACCAGUGCUGAGGACUGAGUUUGUUUUUAACCUUAACCGUUUUCAGACUUUUGAUCUAUGUAUGCUAUGUCUUUGAUUGGAUAAUGAAAAUAUUAGCUAUA